AUGGGCAAAGUUGAGCUAGCUCAGUCUCGGCUAGGCCCACGAGCUUCUUGCAACUGUCAUCCACUAGUCUCUUCUCUUUUGGAUGCUGUUGUUUGCUUCAGUGGAAAGAAUAUUGCUGCAGUUAGCAAGAGCUUAGUGUUUUCUUCUUCCCCUUUAAACGCUGCAGAUCAUCGAGAGGAAGACGUCCCUUUAAUGGAGAAUCAAGGCAUAGUAACUAUCCUUUGCUCAGAUUGUGAAAAAAGCAAAGCUGCACCUUUAAGAAGAACACUAUCUGCUGAUAUGUCUUCUAAGAAAUGGCUUGCACAAAAUGGGUUUUUCUCCCGUAUCAAAAAUAUUUCAUCGCCAUCUGAUCAGGAGCUUGGUAAUCAAUCAUUCCAUGAUUUCUCAUCAGACGGUGAAGAAGAAUGCAGGAAAGAGAAGGAGGAUCGUGGUGUUGAAAAACCCUCUGCAAUAGAUGUUUGGGGUUCAAUUUUAUCAAAAAAGAGUGAAGAUUCUGCCAAGAUCUCAGAACCUUAUAUUCACCCUCUUGUGAAGAGAUCAGCCAGUUCUUUGAGUGAAAAAAGUCUGGAGAUUUGCACUGAAAGUCUUGGAUCAGAAACUGGUUCUUAUUGUUUUUCUUCGUACCCUGCUUCAGAGAUCAGUGAUGCAGAUGAAGAAAAAGAAGAUCAUGAAUAUGAACAAAAACAGCAGCAGCAGCAGCAGCAACACCAAGUGAAAGAAUCAGACUCGUUCGGAGAUUUUGACGUUGUCAAGUACAAGAAUUCUCCACCUGGGCCUUUCCCACCCCCAAUUCCUUCAAUUGCUGAUGGAAAUUCAACCCUAAUACAAUCUCACCGAAGAAAUGGUAGGCUUGUUCUUGAAGCUGUUUCUGUCCCUUCAAGAAAUAAUUUCCAUGUUCAACGCUGCAACGGCCAACUUGUUUUAACUUUGAUGAGAAGUCCUAUUUCCCAAGAGUCGCGUGGUGAAAUGGCGGAGGAAAAUAAUGUUCAAGAAUUCGAUGAAGCGUUCGAUGAUAUGGAAGAUAUCGAUCAAGAUUUUAAGGAGAAAAUAAAUGAUGGUGGCUACGAGGAGGACGCAGCGGAGGAGGAUGCGGCCGAGGAGAGAGUCAAGCAAAAUAAGGUAGUAAAGGGGGUGGAAUUUGUUAUGGAUCAAAACUCAAUAUCAUUGCCAAUUGGUGGGACGAUAAAGAAGUUUAUGAAGCCAGCUAACAAGAACCCAAAAUGGUCUAACAAAAUUUUCAACUUGAAGGAAAUUGAGGACCUUCCGAUUCCACAAUCACUCCCACCGUGGCCCAGCCGGGUGCCUCGUCUGAUCCCAUCACCACCGCCAGCCACCUCCUUCAACUCUUACAACUACUUCUGGCGGAGCAAGACCAACUUCAAUGCAUGCCUAGCCAAUGGUGCAAAAACAUAUGAUCAUCAAAAUAUGUUGCUCAUCAAAGGUAAAAAUGGCGAAUUUGUUCAAUUAUCAAGGGCAUGCAGCAAGCCAAGGAGUUCCAUGUUGAUUUGGGGGCAUUACUGCGUAGCCACCUCCUGA